AAAAAGAAAGAAUAUGGUUGCACAAGAAAAAGAGAACUUAAAGCAGGAAAAAAGAAAGAAUAUAUUAGCACAAGUUAAAGAAAACUUGAAGCAGGAAAAAAGAAAGAAUAUAUUUGCACAAGUAAAAGAAAACUUGAAGCAGGAAAAAAGAGAGAAGAAAGUUGCACAAGAAAAAGAAAACUUAAAGCUGGAAAAAAGAGAGAAGAAAGUUGUACAAGAAAAAGAAAACUUAAAGCUGAAAAAAUGUUACGAUGAAGUUGAGAAGAAGGAAGAAAAUAUAAAACAGGUUGAACCACUUAGUGCUUAUGAAAAGAUGGUGCAAAGUAAUAUAAAAGAGAGGAUGGCCUUCUUAAAAUCCUUAAAUAUUCAUGAGAUUUUGGUGAUGAACCCAAAGCAAAACAAAGAAGGGGCAGUCCUAAAGGUUCCAAAAAGGAAAAGGAGGAGGCUUUAAAGAGUGUGUUUCAUCUUUGUCCUGCGAAAGGAACCUCAUUUUAGCUUGAAGUUAAGAACUGUUUCAUACAUUUUAUUGUGCUGCACAAUUAUGUAUAUACUGUUUGUAAAAUUGUCAAUUGUUACUUUUAGAAUUCUUAUGAUAUAGUAAAAUCGGAUUUUAUUUGCAAUUUUAUUUAUGCUGUACAGUUAUGCACAUACUGUUUCUGCAGUCAAAUUCAUAUGAUGUAGUUUAAUGGAUUUCUAUGUUUAAAUCUUAUUUUUCUAAUUUUUUGAUCUAAAAUAGGUGUAUGCUGUUUGUAAAGUUGUACUUUCUCAUGCUACCUUUUGAUAGAUUUUAUUUUACUCACUUUUUUUUUCAUCAAUAUAUUUAAAAAUGAUUUAAGUUACAUCUAUUCAUGUCAUUGUGUAGUUUCACAUUAUUGGUGCCAUUCUUGUGAUGUAAACUAAGGUCCAGUCCCCCAAAAUGUGAAUGUUAUAUGGUUUAGUGAUUAGGGACUUUUUCCCAGAUAAUCUGAGCUUGAUUCCUGUCAUGGGAAAUACUUAAUCAUUUCCUCUGUUCUAUGUGUAUACUGUUUGUAAAGUUGAAUUUUCAUAAUAAUCAUAAUACAAUUUAAGAGAUUUUAUUUUCCAUUUUAUUAUUUAAACUAAAAUUAUGUACACAGUACUGGCCAGACUGGAUGACUCACUUGUGUUUUCAAAUUCAUAGUGACAUAUUGACGACAGAUGUUCAUUUGGGCUGUCUACCAAUGUGUAGAUGUUCUUGUUUGGCAUUUCGUUAGUUAAAUAGUUAUGUUCGCCGUGUGUUGACGUACAAACUUUUGCCGAAGGGUGAAAUAAUAUAAAAAUGCCUGGUAAAAAAAAAUUCGCACGAAAUGUAUGCAAAAAUAAAGACUCUUAACGAAGAAGGUUAUAGUACUCGGGAAAUUGCUGCCAGAUUACAACUGGCACAAAAGCCAGUUUCCAAGUCUAUAAGUAAUUUCAAAACAACCGAAAUUUAUGGAUAUUCAAAGCCAAAAGGUCGUCAGAAGAGCCCAAGCAAGCGCAUGGAUGAUUCCAUAAUUUUGACUGCAAAAACGUCACCGGGAAAAUCAGAGAAAGCAAUCCAAGCUCAUUUACCAAAAGAUGAUGCUAAAUUUGAUUGUCCCAAGCCAAAGAACAAUCCUCAGAAGGCUGUUUAAUGCCAAUUUAAAGUCCUAUAAGCCUGCUAAGAAGCCAAAAUUGUCUAACGAAAAAACACUGCUGACCGUCUGACAUUUUGUAAAAAGUAUCAGGGGUGGACUGCAGAGCAAUGGAAACAUGAUGUUUUCAGAUGAGACUCAAGUAUCGCAGUUUUAGGCAUUUUGUAGAAACAUACAAAAGUCUCCCGAUAAAAGAGACUGUCAAUGCUACAUUAUUCCCACUGUAAAGAAUACUUCAAAACUCAUGAUCUGGAGAGCCAUUUGUGCCAAAGGAAGAUGUGGAUUGUGGUUCAUGCCUGAAGGCACAUCAAUUAAUGGAACAGUUUAUCUCGAUGUGCUAAAAGGAAAGUUACCAACGCUUAUGGAUAUCAACUAGUGCACACACUUCCAACAUGAUGGAGCACCCUGCUACCAGACUAAAUCUGUUAAGAAAUGGAUUGCAAAGAAAGGUUUUCAGAUCCUUGGGCCAUGAGCUGGAAAUUCCCUGGAUCUAAACCCAAUCGAGAACUGUUGGGUAAUUUAAUUAAAGCGCAAAAUUUCUGAGCAUAACCCCACUUCACUUUCAGACUUAUGGGAAACUUUAAAACAAGUAUGGAUAACAAAAAUUACAGCAGACUAUUGCGAAAAAUUUUGUAUUUCCAUGCCUGAUCGUAUCCAAGAUGUAUUGAAAAAAGAAAAGUUUCCACACCAAAUAUUGAACCCUGUUUCAAUUAUGUAUGUAUACUGUGCUUAUAUAACUAAAAUUAAUAAUCCUUAUAAAAUAAAUACUUAGUUCAAUGCAAUUAUUCUUGUGCAUUCUUAAACAUCACAGUUUUGUGUGGUGAGUCAUCCAUUCUGGCCAGUACUGUAUAUUGUUUGUAGAGUUCUACUUUUAAAAUUUGUGUGACACAUUUUUAAUCAACUUUGUUUAUUUGAUUGAAU